GAAGCGACCAUGCACCCUCCAAAAAGAACCGCGAAGAAGCGACAUCUCGGUGGAGAGGAAAGUCUUAGCCGGGCAAGGCCAACCUCGAGGGCAAGGCCAACACCAAGGGCAAGGCCAAGGGCUACCACGACCGAUACCGGUGGAGCUAGUGCUGUCUCACCCCCUGCUGACCAAGAUGCCAUUGACCUGGAGCUGGCUCUGGAGAAAGAGUGGGUGAAGGCAGAAGAAUUAAGGAUACAGGUCGCAUCCCAAGAGGACUUGAUUGCCAGCCUGACUGAGGAGAGAGAUUAUUUAAGAGCCAGGUUGACCGAAGCCUUACGAUUGAGGGCUGCUCCCAGUGUCCAACCCCCCAAUAAUCAGAGCCAACAACCGCCGCCGCCGGCUCCACCGCAACCUCCUCCACCGCAACCCCCUACACAGCCCAGUCCCUCGGACUCAUCCUCCUCGUCCUCCUCAUCCUCCGACUCAUCUGAGCCUUCUAAAAAGAAGAGGAAGAAGGACAAGAAGAAGAAGAAUGAGGAGAAGAAGUGAUGGAAGUGAUAGAUUUUAA